AUGCCCUACAUCAAAAGCAUCAGAACUUCUGAGGCAGACCAGACCACAAAGCAGGACAAAUUCCAGUGCAUCACAGAGGACAUCAUCCAGUCCCCAGCUGGCCCCAAAUUGCUAGGAGUGCAAGUACAGAUAAGAGAGAGCUCAUUACGAGAAGUUAAUGAGAGCCAGCAAGGAACAGAACCUGAAUUGGAGCUGAGGGUGUCUAACUCUAAAACCAGCACCCCCAGCUAAGACACAAAGCUGCAGUUGUGGUGGGUGCUCCGUGGUCAGUGGCGGUCCUCAAGUGCCUCAGUCAGCUUGGCUGAGUCCAAAACCUCCCAUGUCUGUAUCCAGGGGCGUCCCUCUUCCCGCAUCCAUCACCAGGGCCCAGUGAUGGCGCCUGCGGAUGCCCAGCUCUCGCUUGAUGUCUCAGUUCCAGAACAGAGAUGCUUCAGCUGCUACCUGGGAAGGCUCCGGCCCCAAAAAUAUUUAGUUAGCAGCCAUUCAGUUAAGUGGAAUUGA